GACGCGCUCCUCGUAGGCGGGCCCAGGGAGGGGCCGGGAGGAGGGGCUGCCGCCGCCGCGCCCGAAGCGUAAUCCGGAGCCAGAGCGCAGCGAAGCGGCGCAGCGCCGGGGGGCCUUCACCAUGGGCAACUGCCACACGGUGGGGCCGAAUGAGGCGCUGGUCGUGUCAGGUGGAUGCUGUGGGUCUGAUGAGAAGCAGUAUGUCUUUGGAGGCUGGGCUUGGGCCUGGUGGUGUAUUUCUGACACACAGAGACUGUCUUUGGAGGUUAUGACCAUCCUUUGUCGCUGUGAGAAUAUUGAGACGUCGGAGGGGGUCCCACUGUACGUAACGGGGGUCGCACAGGUGAAAAUAAUGACUGAAAAGGAGCUUCUUGCAGUGGCUUGUGAGCAGUUCCUGGGGAAGAACGUCCAUGACAUUAAGAACGUGGUCCUCCAGACGCUGGAGGGGCAUCUGCGCUCCAUCUUAGGGACCCUGACAGUUGAGCAGAUCUACCAGGACAGAGAUCAGUUUGCCAAGUUGGUGCGGGAGGUGGCAGCCCCAGACGUGGGCCGGAUGGGCAUUGAAAUCCUGAGCUUUACCAUCAAGGACGUCUAUGACAAAGUCAGCUACCUGAGUUCCCUGGGGAAGACCCAGACGGCAGUCGUCCAGCGAGAUGCAGAUAUCGGGGUGGCCGAAGCCGAGCGUGAUGCUGGCAUCCGGGAAGCAGAGUGCAAAAAGGAAAUGCUGGAUGUCAAGUUCAUGGCAGACACAAAGGUGGCCGACUCCAAGCGCGCCUUCGAAAUGCAGAAAGCGGCUUUCAGCCAGGAGAUCAAUGUGAAGACAGCACAGGCUCAACUAGCGUAUGAACUGCAAGGCGCAAAAGAGCAGCAGAAGAUCCGCCAAGAGGAGAUUGAGAUUGAAGUUGUGCAGCGCCGGAAGCAGAUCGACGUAGAGGAAAAAGAGAUCGUUCGCAUGGACAAGGAGCUCAUUGCCACCGUCAGAAGGCCAGCAGAGGCUGAGGCACACCGCAUGCAGGAGAUCGCUGAAGGAGAGAAGGUUAAACAGGUGCUGAUCGCUCAGGCCGAAGCAGAGAAGAUCCGCAAGAUUGGAGAGGCCGAGGCUUCUGUCAUCGAGGCCAUCGGCAAAGCAGAGGCUGAGAAGAUGAAGCUCAAGGCAGAGGCCUACCAGCAGUAUGGGGAGGCAGCCAAGAUGGCCUUGGUUCUUGAUGCACUGCCGCAGAUUGCUGCCAAGGUGGCUGCCCCUCUGGCCAGGGUCGAUGAAAUCGUGAUUCUCAGCGGGGACAACAACAAACUGACGUCGGAUGUGACCCGAUUGCUGGCUGAGAUUCCCGCAUCUGUGCAUGCCCUCACUGGGGUCGACCUCUCCAAGAUCCCCCUAAUCCAGAAAGCAACCGGAGCCCAGGCUUGAGACGAGUCGAGCCAGUGAAGAGCACCCCCACCCGUUUAUGCAUUCCCCACCAACUGCCUUGAACAUUGGGGGCUCCUCUUCCAUCAGUGGAGAUAGUGGGGGGGUUUGCUCGGGUGCCUUAUAUCUCUUUUGGACCAGAGCGGAGCACAGGCCCGCUGGUCUUUCAUUUCCAAGAGAGGCUUCUCUUCUGUAAUCCCUGCUCCGUGUCAUGCUAGCCAAACCCUUCUCUCGUCUGCUGUCUCACAAAGUCUGUGCCUUGACCAACCACUGCCCCCUCUGGCCGCUCCCGCUGGGGCAGGGAUGGACCCAAAACGGAAGGGAUUGGAACCGAUCCCCUGGCAGAGAGAAAUGGGGUCUGCUAUUUGGGGUUCUUCCCUUCCACAUUUGACGGUGAGGGACACCUUUGAGAUAAUUUUGCCUCAGCUGCUGUCGCCCCUCGGGGAGGCAGUGCCUCCAGUGCGCAGGAUCUUUUUGAGCCAUAUCAGCCAAAACGUCCUGUGCAGUCCAAAGGGUGGUGACUCUGAAGGGGAAGGUUACAGGGUAGGCCCUACCAGUUGAUCCCGGAAGACUGCUGUAAUGGGAAGACAUCGCCUCAGUAGCAUGUUCCGUAGGCCAAGACCUUUGCGCCACCUCCUGCCAAACGACUUGUGGGGAUCAAAGAGCUCAGAAGAAUCAAGGCCACGUUCUGUACUCACGCUCGCACCCCCCUUCCCCCGUGCGCACACACUUGGUAUCACUUCCCCGUUGUGCGGUGUUUAAGCAGUGUGCAGAUCCUGCCUCCUUUUUGACGCUGUGCUAAGUUCACGUUGUCUAAUCUGCAACGUCACCACGGCAGAACCGGAAAGCUCCUCGGAGCCUCUGCGUUCUGCUGCCUCGUGCCACGUGUAGCUGAAGACGCAGCUCCUCUCUCCCCCACUCCUGGCUCUAUUCAGUCCUAUGUGCUGGAGGCUUCUCCUUUCUGUCCCCCCCCCUCCUUUGGUCUAAACAGGGACAUAACUCCAGCUAAGUGUCUCUGAGCCAGCAGGAGAGGCAGCCAGGAGUGCUCUUAUUGUCUUGGUGCUGUCUAAACCGGGAGUUUCCCCAUCUUGCCCCCGAAUAGCUGUUUCUCAUACCCCUGGUCCGAGGGCAUGCGAGCGCAUGAGAGCAUUUGAAAGGGGUGGCAGGGUGGGAGAAGGUAGCAGCCAAGCCAAGCAACCUGAGCCAGCCGAGGCUGAGAGCAGCUGUGGUUUCCUCUCCCUUCCCCCCACUGUGCUUGGUCCUAGUUGCUGCAGGCAACGGUCUUUUCCUCCCUGCUGCUCUGUGCCAAGGGGUGAAGACCCCUCCCCUUUAUUCUGUGCUUGGCACCUCCAGUGUCUGCCUCAGAUAUAAAGGUGGUUCCAUGGAUUCAUGUAGGGUUUUCCCUGUAUAUGCAGGGGGCGGUGCUUAUUCCCCCCCCCCCCCCCCCCAGGUUCCAAGCAGCUCCCUCAGUGCCUCCUGUCUUAUUGAACAUGACCGUGCAAAUGCGUUUCAUGUCCCAAGUUGCUUGCAACCCCUUUUUCUGAUGCAAGGGAUCCUAGGGAUGCUGUCUUGCAUGGUAUAUUGGAUUCUCUCACCUGCUCAGGUUGCAUUUGAAGUAUCCCCGGCUCUGUCCCCUCCCCCCCAUGUGGAUAAUGUGAAGGCAAAAGCGGGGGGAGAGAACAAGUAGCAGUCAAAAGUUCCAUACCACUAGUGCAGAAGAGCCCUGCGGUUUGGUGGGAUGGAGGGAAGUGACUUGCUGUGACUUUCCUCCGAUGGCUUGGGGGAGGGUGGGGGGACACUGGAAGGCUUGGCUGAAGCCCCUCCCCUUUCCAUUUCCCCCAUGCUCAAGGAGGUAGCAUUAAACUUUGGUGCCUGAGAGGGAGGCAUCUGCUCUCCCUCCUCUAGUGCUGAGUCCUUUUGCAAAUCUUCCUCUCCCCCCCACCUCCCACUUGUCCUCCUGCCAUGGCUGCCAUACAUAUCUCUGCAUGUACAUGGUGCAUGACAGCCCGUGCCAUGGGUCACCAGGGACCUCUUGUUUAUCCGAGUGUGAAAUAAUGUACAAUAAAAUGGUGGUGACCUCGC